AUGCAGACUGGACACAUUCUGUUCUCAUUCAUCUUUCCCAUCGUCCUGGAUGGAUGCUGUGUGAGAAGUCAUCAAACAAAACAAACAGGUCUGCAGCAGGAUGCUUCACAUCAGCACUUCAGAGCCGUGGAGGGGGAGAGCUUCAUGAUGCCGUGUAUAAAAUCUGUGAGGGCACACUUUAACGUGAUGUGGUCCAGGACUGGAGGACGUGAAGGUCCGUCCUUUGACUGUGGGAAAGUGUUCCCAGCUGAGGCAGGACAUUCUGGAAACUACAGCUGCCUCACAGGGGGCAGCGAGUUGUUCUUGCACCUACAGGUGGUGAAGGAAACCAGUGUGGGAUGUUUCCAGCCGGAGGAGCGCAGCGUGGAGCUGCUCAACAGCGCUGGGGGGGAGGUCCCCUGCCCGGGACGCAACUGCAGCAGCAACACACAUGUCAGAUGGUUCAAGGGAAACACAUCUGUGUCUGAGCUGAGUCGAGACAUCUGUGAAAAGAACGGGCUGCUUCUAAUCUGUGAAGUCAAGGUCAAAUAUGAUGCAGGUGUUUAUUUCUGUGACAGACCAAUGAUGGAGCAGGGAGUCACAUGGACGCUCAGGAGGGCUGUUAAAGUCAAAGUUGUGCCACACAAGACAACAACUGACCCUCCCAGGAUUGUGUAUCCUGCUGACAACAUGACAGAGGAAGUGGAACUUGGUCGGCCCCGUACUCUGACCUGUAAGGCGCUUUUUCCUCAUGAGCGUAAGAGUACAGGGGAGGUGCGUUGGUACAUGAAUUAUGGUGGAAACCAGGAGAAUACGACUCUACUGGACACGAAGACGCCACAACAGAGGUCCGACAUACCUGAAGAAUACAGCAUCCUACAGGAGGGCGUCAUAAACGAGGUGACUCCACAACACUUGGACCACACAUAUACCUGCAUUGCCAGUAACGCUGUCGGAAAACGCAAUGUCACUAUCAGACUCAAGAGGAAAUGUCAAGUGAAAUGGCCGUCACUGGUUGGGUUCCCUGUCGCUUCCUUGCUGCUGGUGGUUGUGGUGGGAGUGACUUUGCACAUGAAGUGGCUGGAGCUACAGAUUAUCUACAGAUCCCACUUCCAACACGGGAAACAUGACAGAGAUGAGAAGAGAUUCGAUGUAUUUCUGUCACACGUGUGGAGCCCCACGGCAGCAGAGCUGGAGAGAGGCUGGACUCCUUCCUCCCGAUCAGGACCUGUCCCUGAUGAGGAGGCAUGUUCAUCCAGCCUGGACCCACUGAACACCGAGGAGGGGGAAGCCACACAGAGACCACUAGAAGAUCUACUGCGCCAAGUGUUAGAGGAAGAGUGGGGGUAUCGCCUCUGCCUGGUGGACAGAGACAUUCUUCCAGGAGGAGCCUAUACAAAUGAUGUGACUCUUGCAAUACAGAGAAGCAACAUGCUUAUCUGUCUCCUGUCAGAUGACUACCUCAGCGACAGCAACAGAGUUUUUGAGCUGGAGUCGGGAGUUCAGGCUUUGCUGCAAAAGUCUUCCCUCAAACUCCUGCUGAUACAGACGUGUAGAAACUCUGCAUCCGUCAUCCAGGACCCCCCACUUCCUCCACUGGUCCAAAGGGCCCUGAAGGUGCUACCGAGUCUGGACUGGACUUCAGAGGAACCUGCCGGAGGAACCAGCAGAUUCUGGAGGUCUUUGAGGAAAGCCAUGCCCGAUCACAGCGUGACACUGGUUUCACUUGUGUAGGACCAAUGAUUAUGUUGUUUCACCAGGAACAUUUAACAUUCCUAACAGGUGUUAUGUCCAUGAACAUUUUGUACUGAACUGAGACUGUGGCAUCAUUAACUAACACAUAUGUAGAGAAAAUCACCAUUAAAU